AUGACAGUAUUCAUUGGGGUCGUUAAGGCUCUUUACGACUAUGAGCCUCAAACUGAUGAAGAAUUGGCGAUAAAAGAAGAUGAUAUUUUGUACCUUUUAGAGAAAAGUGAUGUUGAUGAAUGGUGGACUGUAAAGAAAAGAGUAAUAGGAUUAGAUGCUGAGGAGCCAACUGGUUUAGUUCCUUCCAAUUACGUCGAACCUGCAAAUGUAAUUGGUACUGUCAGGGCCCUUUAUGAUUACGAGGAGGCUCAAAACCCUGACGAAGAAAUUACGUUUCUAGAAAACGAAUUAUUCGAUCUUUUUGAUGAUCAAGAUCAAGAUUGGUUACUGGUUCAAUCGAAGUCAUCGGGUGCAUACGGAUUUAUCCCUGGUAAUUAUGUGGAACCUGCUCAGGGAGCACCAACAACGCCGGCGGCUGCACCAGCACCAGCACCAAUAGCGCCUCCGGGGCCAACACCAAUUGCACCUCCAAUUAUGACACCUGCUGGUGCAGAUGAAUUACCACCUCCACCUCAACCUCAACGUCCUGGCAGAGAACCCGAAGAUGUCACUCCAGCAUUACCAAAAAGACCAAGAGAUCAAGAACCACCUUUACCUGAACCUCCAUUACCACCUAUGAGGGAUGAAGAGGAGCCCCCAUUGCCUUCUAGGCCUAGAGACAGAGUAGAUGAAGAUGAAGAUGAGGAGUUACCACCACCCCCUAAACCUGUAAGGCCCACCUCAACUGGGGGAGGUCCUAGCUUAGGUGGAUUAGCAGGUGCAGGAACUGAAAGAGAUGAUUACCGCCUAGGACGGAGAGUUGAAAGUGAAGAUGACUAUGAAGAUGACAAUUAUGGUGGCGGAUACAAUGAUAUGGGUCUAAAUUCAUCCGAUCAUCACACUUGGAGUAUCGCUGAAGUAGAUGGCCGUAAAAAGAAAAAAUGUAAAUUGACCGUUGGUGGUAGCAAGAUAUAUUUUGAACCUAGUGAUGGACCUCACGAAGAAUGGACCAUCGAUAACCUGACUACCUACGAUAAUGAAAAAAAGCACAUCUUUUUGGAGUUUGUGAAGCCUUACCGAAGUUUAGAACUUCAUGCCGGUAGUACUGAUACUUGUAACGAGAUUAUGUCUAUUCUAGGUGAAUACAAAGGUGCACAAAGAGAUCCAGGUAUCCGUGAAAUUGAAGAAGCUUCUAAACCAAAGAAAGAAGCCAACGUUGUUCACGAUUUUAGAGCUGAAGCCGAUGAUGAAUUGACCGUAAGGCAGGGCCAAGUGGUCUAUAUUAUCAACGAUAAGAAAUCAAGAGAUUGGUGGUUAUGCGAACUAGUGUCUAAUGGUCAAAGAGGUAUAGUUCCAGCAGAUUGCCUGGAAUCUGUUAAGGAAAAAAGUAGUAGCAGUGGAUUUUUUGGUUCAUUGAGAAAGAUUACAGGUAAUACGGACAAAUACAAUGCCAAACAAAAUGCUAAGCAAGCUAGUCAUAAAGAAAGGGAUAGAGAAAGGGAAAGAUUAAAGAACGGCAGUCAUGCACGCAACCAUGGACGCAGUGAAAGCGGUAGCUGGAAAGACGAUGAAGCUCAAAGCCUAAAUAGUGUUAGUAACGAAAGGAGAAACACGGAUAGAAGAAGAUCCAAUUCCAUGUCUGCUAAAAAAUCUUCAUCUGGUAGUACCUCCAAAAGUCAAUUUCCUGAUCCAAAGAAAACACGUAUAUGGGCCGAUAGAUCUAAUACCUUUAAAGUGGAGGCUCAGUUCAUUGGAUGCACAGAGGGUAAAAUUCAUUUACAUAAGGCUAACGGUGUGAAGAUUGCAGUGGCUGCUGGAAAACUGUCUGAUGAAGACUUAGUCUAUGUGGAACGUACAACAGGGUUCAGUUUGGAUAAAUUCAAAUCUAGGAGUUCGGAAGGUUCUGACGAAAAAAGGAAGAGAUCUACGAGAGAUCAAGAUGAUGAAGAACGUGAUAGAUAUUUGAGAGAAAAGGAAUUAGAGGAAUUGAGAAAGGCGAGAGAACUGUUAGAUGAGGAAAGAACUAGAAUGCAGGAGUUGACUGAAAAAAAACCUGCGAAACCUCCAAGACCACAGACAACUGGUGGUACCAAUACAAUGACACUAAACUAUCAACCUCAAUACGAUUGGUUCGAAUUUUUCCUCAACUGCGGUGUUGACGUUAACAAUUGCCAAAGAUAUACCAUCAAUUUUGAAAGAGAAAAGAUUACCGAAGAUAUGAUGAAAGACAUUAAUGAACCUAUGUUGAGAACUCUGGGUUUGCGUGAAGGUGACAUUGUAAGAGUGAUGAAGUACUUGGACAAGAAAUUUGACAGAGAACCUAAAUUGCCUCAAGGACAAGCUACUGGUGGAAUGUUCUCACAACCUGAUGGAUCCCUCAAAGUUUCAAAUGCAGAUGUUUCACCUGCACCGCCUCUUACACAAAAUCUUCUUCCUCAAGCUACUGGUGCAGCCGUCGCUCAACCAACACAAGCAUCACAGACUCCUCUUGAAACAGCUAUCCCUAAUGCGACUCGAAAUGCUGACGAUGAUGCCUGGACUUCCAAACCUGCAGCUAAGUCUGAAUCCAGCGUAUUGGAUAAGAAUAACAACUCGAAUUUCACUGGUUCUAUGCAAGACUUAAUCGAUUUGCGUCCAUUGGAACCCAAGAAGAAGGAACCUACUGCAGCUCCUGAACCCAAUCUCAAGGACUUGGAGCCAGUCAAGACAGGUGGAGAAACUAAGGCAGCUCCUUUAUCUUCAGCUCCAACUGGUGGUACAACUUUACAACCUUUGGAUCCUUUCAAGACUGGAGGUAACAACUUGUUACCACUGACUACCGGAUUUGUCAUGAUGCCUGUCGCAACCGGUGGUUUAAUGCCCAUGCAACGUACUGGUGGAUUGGCUAUGCCCCAGACGACUUUUGGUAAUCAGAACAUGGAUGGUUUGAUGCAACCUCAAAAGACAAACUCUGCGUUGAUGCCCAUGGGGUUGCAGACAACGGGUGGUUUAAAACCACAGGUUACAAAUCCAAGUUUGGCGCCAAUGAACUUCCAAACAACUGGCAGUAUGUUACAACCUCAAAGAACGAAUCCAGGACUCAUCCCCAUUGGUACCGGUGGUGCUAUGCAACCACAGGGGAACAGUAAUAUGAUUUCCAUGGGUACUACUGGCGGUGGUAUGAUGCCACAGACGACAUUUGGUUCUCAACCCAUGAGUCAACCUAUGGGAGCUUCAAUGCCCUUACAGACAACAGGGGGUACCAUGCCCAGAUUAGGGUCAGUUCUACCUGUCCAAAAGACAGGCAGCGGUAUAUUGCCACUUCAACCUACUGGAAGUGCCAUGCCCAUGCAGGCCACGGGAUCUGCCAUGCAUUUCCAAGGGACAGGUGGUUUUAUUCCCUUCCAGCGGACUGGCGGCAUGCCCCAGCAGCCCACUGGGAACCUUAUCCCACUACAAAGAACUGGCGGUAACAUGAUGCCUCAGACUAGCUUUGGUGCAAAUGUUACCGGUGGUGCCAACAUGAUGCCGCAAACUAGUUUUGGCGCAAAUGUUACUGGUGGUGCCAAUAUGAUGCCGCAAACUAGUUUUGGUACAAAUGUUACUGGUGGCGCCAAUAUGAUGCCACAGACGAGUUUUGGUGGACCACAGUUGACUGGAACUGGCAACAUGAUGCCUCAGACAAGUUUUGGUGGACCACAACUUACCGGAGCUGGUAAUAUGAUGCCCCAGACGAGUUUUGGAGCAAAUGUCACUGGUGGUCCGAACAUGAUGCCCCAAUCCAGCUUUGGUGCUCAACAGAUGACGGGUGGUGCCAAUAUGAUGCCUCAGACCAAUUUUGGAGGAUCACAAAUAUCGGGGGGAUUUCCCCAAACUUCCUUCGGUAGUGGGGCACAAGGUACUGGCGGAUACCCCGGUAUGGUUCAAUCAGUUCCACAAAUGACUGGAGGUUUCCAACAAAAUGGUCACUUUGGAUCUCAAAAUCAAUUUACCGGUGGACCAAUGCCCCAACAAUCUUUCCCAGGAAGUUCAUUUAACAGUGGUGUCGAUAAUGCUACUCAGGGAAUGCAAAACAUGUCAUUAUCGCAGGCUCCAUUACAGGCACAACCUACUGGUUUUGGGUUUGGUAAUGGUCCUCAGCAGCCACAGCAACCUCAACAGCAUGGCGCCAAGCAGGCCAAUUUAUUUAAUGCCACGCCUGAUAAUCCGUUUGGGUUUUAA